AUGGGAUAAUCUAUAUCAAACAGUAUGAAAGAAAACUAAAAAGAAAUGCAAAAGGAGAUGCAGAAAAAGCAAUUAGAAUUAAUACUCAAACAGAGGCAAACCUAAUUAGCAAUUUAAUUUGCCUCAGGUAAGGAGUUCUUCCAUUGGUAUGCCUCGUUUUACUGUUUGAUCUUUCCCUUUUGUGUGAUUGGAGCAAUAAAAAAGAAGGUACACUUUGACAUCAUUUAGAAUCCAUUGCCUGUAGUAGUAUUGGUUCCUUUAGGGUUUGUUUGUGCAUAUUAAUAUGACAUGUUUUAUGGUGAUAAGAUGAAGAGGAUUAAAUUGGAAGCAGAACGAUUAAUAGAGCAAGAAUCACAAUUGUUUUACUUUCCAAAGAAUGCCAAAAUUGUUUCACAAGAGGAGUAUGAAUCAAUCCUGGAAAUUAAGAAGAUAGGAAAUUGA